GUCCUUAGACAGAAGGUAAACACGCCGGGUUCGGGGGGAUUACAGCUUCUCAACCAGAGGAUUGGACCAACUCGGUUCCCGGCGGGCCUCCCAUCAUGACGAAGCUCCAGCAGUGGCUGCUCGGCGUGUCGCUGGUGGUCGUGGCCUGGGCGGUGGUCUCCUUCGACCUUCUGGACCUGAACCUGCCCUACACGUACCGGGAGGUGGCCUGGCCGAUGCCCCUGUACCUGCUGGUGUCGUUCGGCUGCUACUCGCUGGCCACCGUAGGCUACAGGCUGACCACGUUCAAUGACUGCGAGGAGGCGGCGCAGGAGCUGCAGGAGCAGAUCCGAGAGGCCCGGGAGGACCUGAGGAGCAAGGGCCUGAAGAUGUGAGGCUGGAGGAGGAGAACCGUGGAGGAACUUUGUGAUUGAUCCACGACUGUUGCACUCAACCUGGUGUCUGCACUCCAGAGGCUGGAGUCUGUAGAGGGAAAGAUGCUGGAGGGACUUCCUGUUUACCAUUCAUUCAUGCAGCCAUGUUUGUUUUCUUUCAUGUGUUCACUGACAAUUUAGACAACUAGUCGCCCAGCUGACUGUUUCUUGUUUUUACUCAUAGAUGACAACUAACUGUUUGAAAACUGAAUAUUUUUAUCCAUUCAAAUUUGUGUCUGAAGUAAAACAAUGACAUUUUUUUACAACAUCAAGUUCUCAUGACCAAAUAAGUCACUUUAUUGGAGAAACCACACACAUGAAUAACUGUCAUAUGUUCAAAAUACUGGUGUGUUUCAUUAUCACCCUUUACCAGAUGUUCAUCACUGGUAGAAUCCACCUUUCAGACAUGCACUGAACUCCAGACAUGUUCCUGAAAUGUCUGAUUCACUGGCUCCGGACAUUUUCCAGAACUUGUGUCUCAGUGAAUUCAUGUAAGAAAACAGCAGGAAAAUGUCCAGAACAUUUACAGCUAACGCAGACGAAAAUGUCAAAUCAGAAACUCAAUGGGAUUGGAGAUCUUUUGGUGAUAAGGGCCGACGCUGGUGUUGAUGUGCGGUAAACUUUUGCUUAUGUCAUGUCCUACAUCCUCCAUUUUCUCUUCCCCUUGCCUGAAUGCUUCUGUUGUUUGGAUCACUUCUGACCUGGACAAUCUCCUGCUGCGUUUCCUCAUAUUUAAAAGUUCAAAGUUCAUGUCUGAAAACAGGAUUUUUUACAUUCUUUCGAUCUGCGUCAGCACCGCACAGUGUCGGCCUUGUCGUGCCUGUCUGGAGAGAUUGUUGCUUGUCAGAAUACGUGGAGUAGAUUGUUAUCUGUAGCGUACAUUCCAUUGUCCGGUUUCAGACUGGUUCCCUGUGGCUAUUGCUGCGAUGUAAUUAAAAUGGAGUCUAUUUUCUUCA